GGAGCGGGUCGCGCUGGAGGGGGGCGGAGGCGGAAGUGGCGGUGCCGGGCCCGGGGAGUAGGAAGAAGCCGGGGCUGUAGCCGGAGUGGAGCGGCUGCCAGCCGAGGAGCAGGCGCGGCCGCGGCGCCAUAUUGCGGCCCUCAGCGGCCGCGACCGAGUCAUGGCCGAGACCUACGACUUCCUCUUCAAAUUCCUGGUGAUUGGCAGUGCAGGAACUGGCAAAUCAUGUCUCCUUCAUCAGUUCAUUGAGAAUAAGUUCAAACAGGACUCCAACCACACGAUCGGCGUGGAGUUUGGAUCCCGGGUGGUCAACGUGGGUGGGAAGACUGUGAAGCUACAGAUUUGGGACACGGCUGGCCAGGAGCGGUUUCGGUCGGUGACGCGGAGUUAUUACCGAGGGGCAGCUGGAGCCCUGCUGGUGUACGACAUCACCAGCCGGGAGACGUACAACUCACUGGCUGCCUGGCUGACGGAUGCCCGCACCCUGGCCAGCCCCAACAUCGUGGUCAUCCUCUGUGGCAACAAGAAGGACCUGGACCCUGAGCGGGAGGUCACUUUCCUGGAGGCCUCCCGCUUUGCCCAGGAGAAUGAGCUGAUGUUUCUGGAGACCAGCGCUCUCACAGGUGAGAACGUGGAAGAGGCGUUCCUCAAGUGUGCCCGCACCAUCCUCAACAAGAUUGACUCAGGUGAGCUAGACCCCGAGAGGAUGGGAUCCGGCAUCCAGUACGGGGACGCGUCCCUCCGCCAGCUUCGGCAGCCUCGGAGUGCCCAGGCCGUGGCCCCUCAGCCGUGUGGCUGCUGAGCCUUGCGGAGCCAGCUCACCUGUUCUUCAGGACCAGCCCUGCCCUUCCGGCUGGGGCCCAGGCCCAGGCUCUGAGAGGCCAUGUCCCAACCUGCCCUGGCCCCGGAGAAGCUGCGCCGCCACCUGUCCCCCUUCCUUGGUGGGGCCUGGCUUUGGGGCAAGACUGAGCCACGGGGGAAGGGGGAUCCCGUACCUGCUGCUGCUUCCUCUGUCUUGGCUAACCUCUGUCCCCCUGAACCCCUAACCAUACCCCAAGAGCUCCCAAAGCCUGAGACCAGGGUCAUUUGUCCCUACCUCCCCGCCUGGCCCUGCUGUUGCUAGUACCUGUUAUUUAUUACCUGGAGGCCUGUCCAGCACCCACCCUACCCCCAUAAAGCAUUGUUUACACCUGUG